AUGGCCGGCUUUACCCAUUUCCUCAAGACCAUCCUCGUACCGCUGUUCCUCGCUGCCAUUCUCUAUGUCCUCCUAGCCUUCAUCAUCCUGCCCUUUGUACGCCGCCAUCGAAGCCGUUAUAGCCAGUACCUGCCCAUGCCCGCCAGUGUGACCGACUUCCCUACAUCUUGGCGGACCAACCUCUCCGAUGCUCUCUACAACCUCUUCGCGCCCUCCACCUGGAUCAGACAGAGAGGUCUUGUAGAUGGGAGCGGGCAGCAUGACGACGAUUUGUUCGACGACGAGGAGGGAGAGGGCAUGGUUGGCUUUGACCCCAUCGACGAGCGGAGAAGGGAAGCACUAGAGCAACGCAGGAGCAUAAUGGAGGAAGAGAGGCGCUUGGGCCGUGAACUAGAGGAAGGCUUCAAGGAUGACAGCGAGGAUGAGCACGAGGACGAGAGGCGGCGGUCCCUAUCGCGACAUCGAUGA